AUGAGCUCUUAUUUUGUCAACCCCUUCUAUUCAAAGUACAAACCGGGUGAGGCAAUAGUUCCAGCCUACUACGAUUCUCCUUUUUCACAAGAUGUCAACAGUGGGCAUGCGAUGGUGUAUGGCAACAAUGCAAGUUUCCAACAUUCCGCACAAGUCCAAGAUUUUUACCAUCACGGGACCGCGGCAAUACCGAACGCAAGUUAUCAACCGAAUCCUUGUGGAAUUACGUGUCAUAGCGACCGCUCUAAAUUUUACGGAUACGAUAACUUACAGAGACAGCAGCUCUUUACGACCCAGCAAGAGGCCGAGCUGCUACAAUACCCUAACUGUAAAUCGUCCGGUAGUAAUACUGGCGAGCAACCAGAACGCUUAAAUCAGAACUCGUCUCCUUCUCAGAUGUUUCCCUGGAUGAGACCUCAAGCUCCCGGGAGAAGAAGAGGCCGGCAGACAUAUAGUCGAUUCCAAACCCUGGAACUCGAGAAAGAAUUUCUCUUUAACCCUUAUCUGACCAGAAAGCGAAGAAUUGAGGUUUCCCACGCACUCGCUUUGACUGAGAGGCAGGUGAAAAUAUGGUUCCAGAACAGGAGGAUGAAGUGGAAAAAAGAGAACAACAAAGACAAAUUUCCGUCCUCGCGCCCAGACGCACACCUUAAAAUCGAAGCGGAUAACUUCGAACCAGAGAAAGGUGUCGAAGACUCAGAUUAA